AUUUCCGCCGUCUUCCCGUUUCAGCUGUUGUAAACACGUGUAGUGAUGUCAAAAGGCAAGCAAAAACGGGCGAAACGACUGGGGUUUGUCGGUAAAAAGGUUAAAGAUGGUCAGCAGACACACCAGCAAGGAGGCAGGAAGGAUCCUGGCUUGCCGAACGUACGACGCUUCAAAGAACAUGCUCAAAAACAGACUGAACUCAGACAGAAGAGGUUGGAAGAGCAGCAGGAGAGACAGAGAUUGUCUCGGGAGAGGGAGCUCAUGAAAAGAAGGAGUCUGGACAGCUUCCAGAAAGAUGUUGAGCAACGCCAGAAAGAAUUUGAACAGAAGGAAGCAGAGAUGCAAAAACUGGAGAAACAUGUGAAUUUUGAAAAUGAAAAUUCAAGGAAAGCAUAUUACAGAGAGUUUAAAAAGGUGAUUGAAGCUGCUGAUGUGAUUUUGGAGGUUCUGGAUGCUCGGGACCCUUUGGGGUGUCGAUGUCCACAGGUUGAGCAGGCUGUAAUCCAGAGUGGUACUAACAAGAAAAUAGUUCUUGUGCUUAACAAGAUUGAUCUAGUGUCUAAAGACAUUGUGGAAAAGUGGAUCAAGUACCUUCGCAAUGAAUUUCCCACUGUGGCUUUCAAAGCUUCCACUCAGCAACAGAACAAAAAUUUGAAACGUAGCCAUGUGCCAGUAACCCAGGCAACUGCAGAGCUUUUGAGUAGCAGUGCCUGUGUUGGAGCUGAUUGCCUAAUGAAGCUACUUGGCAACUAUUGCCGUAAUCAGGACAUAAAGACAGCUGUAACUGUAGGUGUAGUUGGGUUUCCCAACGUCGGAAAGAGCAGUUUAAUUAAUAGUUUGAAGCGUGCACGCGCAUGUAAUGUAGGAGCUACUCCUGGUGUUACAAAGUGUCUACAAGAAGUGCAUUUAGAUAAACACAUCAAGCUUCUGGACUGCCCAGGCAUUGUCAUGGCAACCUCGACCACAGAUGCUGCCAUGAUUCUCCGAAACUGCGUAAAAAUUGAACAGCUAGUGGACCCUGUAGCUCCAGUUGAAGCUAUCUUGAGACGCUGCAAUAAGACACAGAUCAUGGGGCACUAUGGUGUUCCUGACUUCCAUAACACACUGGAGUUCCUGUCCUUACUUGCUCGUCGUCAGGGCAAGCUAAGGAAAGGAGGCCUGCCUGACUGUGACAAAGCUGCUAAAAGUGUUCUGAUGGACUGGACAGGAGGACGCAUCAGCUACUUCACACACCCUCCAGAGACACACACGUUACCAACGCAUGUUAGUGCGGAAAUUGUGGCAGAGAUGGGCAAAGCAUUUGACUGGGAUGAACUGGAGAAGGGAAACCAAGAGGCACUGGAAGGCUUGAAUUCAGCUGACGUUGAGAUGGGGAUCUGCAUCACGACUUCAGGGUUGACACAGGGGUCUCAAGCAGUAGCCCUGACAGAACAGGAAGUGGAUGGGGAAGCCUUCGAAGAGAUUAAAGACACAGUGGAAUCCAUGGAGGGUGAUGAGGACCCAGAGUUUGGUCCCAUGACAGUUGAGUUGAAAACAACCAAAGUGAAGAAUGGUGGUGUAAUUGAGUCAGCUGUCCCAAAGGCUGUGGACUUAAGAGAUAUCUUAGAUGUUGACCCGCUCCAACAAGGACAGGCUCUCUUGGCAGCUAGUAAAAAGAGGAAAAAACAGCAAAAAAGAGCAGAUAAAAUUGCCACCAAACUUUCAGACUCUCUCACAUCUGCCAUGAACUUUGCUUUUAUGGACUGCUGACAUUAUAAUCAAGAAGGGCAGCUCUUCUAGGGAUGGAAUAUAUUUUGCUUUCAACCAGCAUCACAAGGUCAUUAAAAUGUACAUUGUGUAAAAAUGCAAAUAAAUACUAUCCAUCACUGAUUGUUUAAGUUACUGAAUAA